GCAUUAUUAAAGUAAAGAACAGUGAAACUGAAAAGGAAAAGGCACGCGGAUACAGAGAAGAACAACAACAACAACAUUCCUCUCCUCAAAAACUCAAAUUCAUUUCCCUCACUUUCCAUUCUCAAUUCCAUUUUUAUUUUUAUCUUUUUUCACUUUUCAAAUCCCAUUCUUCCUUUCCCUUCCCCGAUUCCCCAUCUCCGCCGCUUCUUUCACUCUUCUACACCAACUGGAAGAUAUUGCCUAAAAUGUUGUGUAGAAUCGUCACAGUGUCGAGCAGGAAAAAGAUUGGUGCGGUUCCUGUUUACCUUAAUGUCUACGAUUUAACGCCGAUUAAUGGGUAUGCCUAUUGGCUUGGCCUCGGUGUUUACCAUUCCGGCGUACAAGUUCAUGGAGUUGAGUACGCAUUUGGAGCUCAUGAGCAUGCGAGUACAGGGAUAUUCGAAGUGGAACCAAAGCAUUGUCCAGGAUUCACAUACAGAAAAUCAAUUUUAAUAGGAAGAACGAAUCUAAGUCCUAGGGAGAUUCGAUCAUUCAUGGAGAAACUAGCCGAAGAGUAUUCUGGAAAUACCUAUCAUCUCAUCACCAAAAACUGUAACCAUUUUUGUAACGACGUUUGUGUCAGAUUGACAGGAAAACCAAUCCCUAGAUGGGUAAAUCGUCUUGCUCGACUCGGGUUUCUAUGCAACUGUGUUCUACCGGUGGGAUUGAAUGAAAUGAAGGUUGGUGAAGUGAAAGCAGACCAGAACAGAGAGAAGAAGAAGCUGAGAACACAAUCAAGUAGAUAUCCAAGUGGUUUGAAUUCUGGAGCUGCAGCAACUCCGACCCCAUUAUCUUCUUCAAAAGCUUCAAAUUCCAUGGUUAGAAAAACAAGUAAACAAACACAUUCUGCUCCAUCUUCUUCUUCUAUUUUGCUCUCUUCUUCAACCUCUACUUUCCUGUUGAAGCUGUAGUUUUAUGAUUAAUUUGGAUUAUUCCCUAAUUAAACUUCUAGAAUUUCCUAAUUUUAAUUGUUGAAAAAUAGGUGUAUGUAUAUUUUUAAUAUAUAUGAUGUGUUUCCCUAUUA